AUGAAAGUAGUGGAAGAUAAGGGAACGUUGCGGUCUGAGCCGACUAUGGGCCUGGGCAGCUUCUACGAACACACCACUGACCCCCAGUACAAGGAGUCUAGGUCCUAUCAGAAAACGGUGCAGAAACUUAAACGCAAGAAGUACAGUGGUGCUGACACGAGUAGUAGUGGUAGUGGGAGCGACAUUGACAGUGCGGGUGGGCGGAGCAGUGGCUGUGAAGAAGAUGGCACAGCAGUUAGACACACUGCAGAACCAACACACAGGAAGAAGGCAACUGCAACCAUUGAUCGGAACAAACUAUCCCGGAAGAAAUCCCUCAGCAGUGAGAACGCGAAGGUACCGAACCGGAAGGAUAGGGGAUAUCAACCUCGCCCGUGCACUGGGAGUGUGUUGACAUGCACCAAGGCAUUCUGUUUCGCGUGCGAGUGCGGUAAGCCGCGGAACUGAGACCGACUGCGAGUUUUCUCGACGUUUCACAGCGACGGGAGGGGUCUACUGGACCACGCUCUGCUAUCUAGCUGUUCAGCAUACAGCUUUAGCGAGAGGCUCGAAGAACACAUCCGUGCACCUAUAGAGUGACUGAUUGGACACGCUUGACUUCGGAACGGUGUCAACUGUGUGGCAUCAAGGGUCGAACAAUGCGUACCGCCCAUACAGAUGCUAGAUAAUCGAUGCGGACCAAGCAUAGCACCUGACCUUGCAUGCCGCAGUGGUAGAGAUGAAGGCAUUCGAGUACUAGUAAUAGUGCUGGAAAGGGCAGACGCUUGGAUGUCAGGAUGAUUGUCUGCUGGACUUUUGCAUGACUGGACGGUAUACUUACACAGUGCACACACGUCUUGGAAGAGGCUAUAGGCCUUUUAUAGUCAUGUACGAGUGCGGUGUGUGGCUUCAAGCGUCUCACAGUGGCAGUGAUAAGACAGCUGAUGUGAAAGUCCAGCAAUAGCGCAUGGAAGUGGAGCUACUUGAAUGUCAGGGCGAUGCCCUGUCACGCAUGACGCAGUCGAAAGAACUGCAGGUUUGAGCGAGACUCAUGUGAGAGUGCACACAUAUCGUGGAAGAGACUGCAAGACAGUUUCAACCCGUACACUAGUGCGACGUAUGUCGCCUAUUACUUCAGCACAUUGAGCUGGCGGUUAAUUGACACUAGUAUGUGGCGCGUGGUAGCUUAAGCAAACAGGCGAACAGAGCCUAGCUGUGCAGACAGGGUAGUAGAAUCAGCUGGUAACCCAUAUGUACUUGGCAACGCACGCUGAAAUAAGCAUUGAUUGAUAUGAAGUCAUCCGGAGAAGUCUUGUAGAUAUUGGGUGAAGGGCAUACAGCAGCACAUGAAAAUGGCGUUGUGGAAGUGAAACGUCUCGAGAAGAAACACUGCGAGUAAUCUCUCGGAUGUUCGCGUCUGACAGUAUCUCGUUGUAACACGUCUAAGACCCAAAUGUACAUCAUGUUUUCCAGUACACUAAAAUCUACGCUCACCGCGUCUCUUGACCCG